AUGGAGGACAUCCUUAUUGGACGACUCAUUGAAAGAGAUAUUAGGGAAUCACGGUUCCAAGAGCUGUUCGAGGAUGUGACUACUGUUUCUAUUGAGGGAAGCGAACCCACAUCUGUCCAGGCAAUUCAACAGCUGCAAAAGAUGUUGAAAGAGAAAGAGGAGGAAAUAAAGUCUCUGAAGGAAAUUAUAGCGGUAAUGAAUAAGAAAGACUACAAGUUGAAUGAUGAACUAGUGAGUUUAAACAUUGAAAAUAACGUCUUGCAGGACAAAUUGAAUGCUCUGACUCUGGAACACGAUAAGUUGGUAAGUAGAUGGUUAGCAAAGGUUCAAGAGGAGGUAGAAACAAUGAAUGCUAAGCUGGAUGUUGUCUAA